AUUUUAAACGCAAAUGUCAUGUGCGGUAUGAGCGAUAUGGUAUGUUUCUCGAUUGCGAAAAAUUUCGAAUUUUUUAAACAAUAUCUGAAGAACGUAGAUAAAAAGGAAUAAAUGUGAAAAUGGCUAUUUGUUUACGUACAUUCUCGCAUAAAAUAUUACCGUUUAAUGGAAUAGUUACUACGAUAAAUCAUUCCAACCGAUUGUCCCGGAAAAUUCCAGUGCGAACACAAUUUCUAGAAGAUUUCUUUAGUAAAAGACGCAUAUCUAGCUGCCGGACUGCACCGAAAUGUACAACAGAAAGUAACAUCGACGAUAUUUACGUCCAUGAAGUUGCCAUCGCCAACAGUUAUCUAACCCGAAAAUCGAACGAUAAGUCGAAAUUAACCAUCAUAGACAAUGUAGAUACUAAUGAAGUUAUUGAUAAUAUAGAAAAUUAUUCAAACUAUUGCACAGAUGGGAUGAAAAUAUUAAGUUUGACCUCUGAUGAUUAUAUUGAAUGUAGAAAUUCAUGUAAAGUACAUGAUAUACCAUCAAUUAGUAUGAAUGAUGUUGACUUUUCAAAAUGCAAUGAGGAUAUUGAGCCAACAUGUUUCUCAGACUUCGAGCGUGAGGCUAUUGCCUACUGUAAUGGACCCACCGUCGUAGCACAAACAUCUCCACCUAAUUCUGAGACUGGCAAUGAAGGAAACCCCAGUGAGGAACAGUUAAUGAAAAUAUUUUAUACAUUGUCAAACACUAUGCCAAAUUUGUUUGUCAAGCCGCUGGACUACUCAAUUUAUCAUCCAAAUUUAGUCUUUGUCAACAACAUUAGAGGUGUUACAACUGUGGGUUUAUUCCACUACGUGAGGCAAAUAGCCUUAUUGCGAACAAUAGCACACAUUAAAUUUGCUUAUGUGAACUUUGAAGUUCUGAAAAUUACAGCUCAUCCUGAAGAUUCUGCUGUGAGGAUGAGAUGGAGGAUUAGAGGUAUUUCCGGUCUAAAAGUGUUCUUUAUGUUCUGGAAAUACAAACUGUGGAAUAUUAAAGAGGUGUUCCAAGAUCAGGAGUUGUGGUAUGAUGGUUUUUCAACUUUCUACGUUGGUUCCGAUGGUCUAAUCCAGAAACAUAUUGCAGAUAAGGUAAUGCCAGAUCAGGACAAGAUCGUAGAUGAUGAAGAGAAAGCACCAAUAGCUGCAAAGAUAGCUCUCCUCAUCGGUCUCCUUCCUCGCAACUAUCUCUCUGACGUGUCCCCAUAUUUCACAACAUCGCCAGGAACCGCUGAUUGUAGUGCACAACCUUUUAAAGUUUUAGAGUAAAUUAAAUUUAGAGCGGGUCUUAGACAAAUGAACAAAAUAUCAUCGUCAUAUUUAUUAAUUUUUAAACACUAAAUUCAACAUUAACAUGCAGUAUUUUAUUGCAGUGCAAAUAUUAAAAUUAUGUCACAUAUUUAUUUUUAAUCUAUACUUCAUGACUUGCAGUUUCCGCUGUUAAGUUGUAGUGAUAUCUUAAAUUUGUAAAUGCCUUGUAGCUUAUAUAGAUGUUAUGUAAUUAAUUACAAUAAAUAAAUUACAUUGUUA